CUCAACCUGACAUGAAAGCUUUGAACAAGUGAGCAUUCCUGGUUCAAUAUGGCAACCAUGUGAGGCUCAACUGCUAGCAUUCUUUUCCCAAAACACAUAUAAAAGAAGAAAGAAAAAAACAAACACACCAACAUACCAACAAAUCAGCUCAAAGUUGGUGGCGUUGAGCGUUUCAGAUCAUCUUCUACCUGCUCUCCACUCGCUUUCUUCAUAAAAUCAUUGCUGGGUUUUGAUCUUCAACAUCAUUUAAGGAUGACUCUAAUGGGAAUUAGAACAGAGCUUCCCCUGUUCUUCUUGUUUUGCUUAUGGUGUUCUUCUGUAAAUGGGUUGCUUACUGCAAAAGGUGUCAACUUUGAAGUGCAAGCCCUCAUGGCCAUCAAAGCUGCUCUGAAAGACCCACAUUCUGUUCUUAAUUGGGAUGAAAACGCUGUGGAUCCAUGUAGCUGGAGCAUGAUUACUUGUUCACCGGAGAAAUUCGUCAUUAGCUUAGGAGCUCCUAGUCAGAACUUGUCGGGUAGCCUGUCGCCGAGCAUUGGAAACUUGACCAAUCUUCAGUCUGUGCUUCUACAGGACAACAAUAUAUCAGGAACAAUCCCAAUGGAGCUUGGGAACAUACCAAGUCUUGACACUCUUGAUCUUUCAAGCAAUGGCUUCCAUGGAGAAAUUCCCAUUUCUCUUUCAAAUCUCAAGAGUUUGCAGUAUCUGAGGUUAAACAACAACAGUCUUUCUGGGGCUAUUCCUUCAUCUUUAGCCAAUAUGACUCAGCUGGCAUUGCUAGACCUGUCUUUUAACAAUCUCAGUGGCCCAUUGCCCAGAUUGCAAGCCAAAACCUACAACCUUGCUGGGAAUUCGUUCAUUUGCUCAUCUGGGUCGGAGCUUAGCUGCAACGGAACAGCUCCACCGCUCUUAUUUGCAGUCAAUACGCCUCAAAAUCCACAGCCUUUAGGGCGAUCCAAGGGCCACAAAUUAGCCUUAGCUUUCGGCUCAAGCCUUGGCUGUGUUUUUCUGCUAACUAUUGGGUUUGGCUUCUUUAUUUGGUGGAGGCAACGACACAACCAGCAGAUAUUCUUCGAUGUAAAUGACCAAAGAUUUGAAGAAGUGUGCCUUGGGAACCUAAGGAUUUUCCAGUUCAGAGAUUUACAAGCUGCUACAAACAACUUCAGCAGCAAAAACUUGGUGGGAAAAGGUGGGUUUGGGAAUGUAUACAAAGGGUACCUUCAAGAUGGUACAGUUAUAGCUGUGAAGAGACUAAAAGAUGGAAAUGCCAUGAGAGGAGACGUACAAUUCCAUACUGAAGUUGAGAUGAUCAGCCUAGCCGUGCACCGGAACCUCCUCCGUCUCUACGGGUUCUGCAUGACAACCACGGAGCGACUGCUGGUUUACCCCUAUAUGUCGAACGGCAGUGUUGCAUCACGUCUCAAAGCGAAGCCAGCUCUGGAUUGGAGUACAAGGAAAGGAAUAGCGUUGGGUGCAGCUAGAGGCUUACUGUAUUUGCAUGAGCAGUGUGAUCCUAAGAUCAUACACAGAGACGUCAAGGCUGCAAAUAUAUUGCUUGAUGAUUACUGCGAGGCUGUGGUUGGAGAUUUUGGACUGGCAAAGCUGUUGGAUCACAGAGAUUCACAUGUGACAACUGCUGUACGAGGAACGGUUGGUCAUAUAGCUCCCGAGUAUCUCUCGACGGGUCAAUCCUCUGAGAAAACUGAUGUCUUCGGAUUUGGAAUCCUUCUUCUUGAGCUGAUCACUGGACAGAGAGCUCUUGAAUUUGGAAAAGCUGCAAAUCAGAAAGGAGCCAUGCUUGAUUGGGUAAAGAAAAUUCACCAAGAAAAGAAGCUGGAAAUACUAGUUGACAAGGAUCUAAGGAACAAUUACGACCUGAUCGAGCUCGAAGAAAUGGUUCAAGUAGCUCUCUUAUGUACACAGUAUCUUCCAACCACCAGACCUAAGAUGUCUGAAGUGGUUAGAAUGCUUGAAGGGGAUGGACUUGCCGAAAAAUGGGAAGCUUCUCAGAGAGCAGAAGCAAACAGGAUCAGAGUCAACGAGUUCUCCUCUUCCGAGCGAUAUUCUGAUCUUACAGAUGACUCUUCCUUGCUUGUACAAGCCAUGGAGCUUUCUGGACCAAGAUGAUGAUUAUACAGUUUUUUUCCUCCUUUUUUUCUAUACAAAGAAUCUCAGAAUGUAUUUUCCUACAGAAUUAGACAUAUUAUCAAAGUGAAUCUAUCAUAUGUCAGCCUCAUGUUGAGGCUCCAGUGUUGGUGUGAGAUAACUCAUAACUGUACAGUCCAAGUUCUCGUGCUCUUAAUAGUAAAACUGGAUUGAAUUUUGCUCC